AUGUCCAGGCCGUCCGGAGCCGGCUAUGAUGUAGUUGUUGAGGUGGACGAUGAGGGCGAUUUAGGCCACACUGAUCUCGAGACUGGUCUCGAUUUCCAAGACUUCGGCCACAAUGACCCUCCCACUGGCAAGAUCCCAUCGGACCAAUCACGCGGGUUCUUUUCCACAGGCGGCGGCGCCUCCUCAUCGCGCACGGCUGGCGAGAAUGCCACCAACACCACAGGCAAACGCUACCUUUGGAGCCUCUCCUUCUACGCCCAAUUCUUCAAUGUUGAUACUUCCGAAGUCCUCCGCCGCUGUUUUGCCGCAUUAUUCCCCAAAUCCAACUUCCUAGACGUCUUAGAAGGCAAUCCAGACCUCUACGGUCCUGUAUGGAUCGCUUCAACGGUCGUAUUAAUGCUCUUUCUGACCUCCACCCUCGCGAGUUACUUCGCAAAGGUUAAGGGCAGCGACGGGUUUAAUUACAAUUUUACAAGUUUGACGGGGGCGGCUGGGUUAGUGUAUGGAUAUACAGCAUUGGUGCCUGUGGCCCUGUGGGGGGUUUUGAAGUGGUAUGGAAGUGACUCGGCGAAUUUGUUGGAGUGUUUGAGUCUUUAUGGGUACGCAAAUGUGAUUUGGGUACCAGUGAGCAUUGCUAGUGUUAGUCCGAUUCAGAUUCUUAACUGGGUCUUUUGCGCGGUUGGGUUGGGAAUCUCGGCAACCUUUUUGUUUAGGAACUUGUACCCUGUGAUCAGUGGAAUCGAUGCACAAACAUCGAAAAUAGUGCUUAUCGUCAUGUUGGUUUUACACGGCGGAUUCGCCUUAGCAAUCAAAGUAUUGUUUUUUGCACACACAUCGUUGAAACCGUUAUAA